AUGGUGAUUGAAGGACUUGGACGCGAAGAUGGCCACAUCCCAAUGCACAACUCUAUACCAACAAACAAAUAUGUCGUCGAUGAACACCCACUUGGUCAACCGCGACAGCUUCGUGUCAUAGCAACAGGCUCAGGGGCAUCUGCUCUGAACAUUGCACGGUCGAUUGAUGUGCAUAUGGAACAUGUGGACCUUGUUUUAUACGAGAAAAAUCACGACUUGGGCGGAACUUGGCUGGAAAACACAUAUCCAGGAUGCGCUUGUGACAUUCCGUCCCAUUGCUACCAAUACUCUUGGGCACCGAAUCCAAAGUGGGAUAAAUUCUAUUCGCCAGCACCUGAAAUCCUGAAGUACUUCCAAGAUACUGCUGAGGAGCAUGGCCUACGGAAAUACAUCAAAUUCAAGCAUCAGAUCAUGGGGGCAACGUGGAACGAAGAAAAAGGUCGCUGGGAUAUGCGCAUUCGAAAUUUGUCAAGUGGGCUUGAGUUUGACGAUUGGUGCGACUUCUUUAUUAACAGCUCUGGUUAUCUGAACAAUUGGAAAUAUCCAGACAUACCCGGCCUCCAUACCUUCAAGGGAGAGUUGAUGCACAGUGCAGCAUGGAACUCGGAUGUUAAACUCAAAGGAAAGAAGGUCGCAGUGCUUGGAUGUGGCUCAUCUGGCAUCCAAGUUGUGCCGAAUAUCCAACCCGAGGUGGAACACUUGACCACAUUCAUCCGACAACCAACUUGGAUCACGGCGGGUUUUGCUCAAAAGUACUCGGGGCCUGGAGGGACCAAUUUCGAUUUUACGGAAGAGAGAAAAACCGAAUUUGUCGAUCAUCCAGAAAUGUACCACGCUUACAGAAAGGCAAUCGAGAGCGAGCUCAACGGCAGAUUCAAAUUAAUCCUCAAAGACAGCCCGGAACAAGCUGAAGCUGUCAGAUUCAGUACGAAAGACAUGAAGUCAAGAUUGGGCGCCAAAGGUGCUGCAAUAGCAGAGAAGAUCAUUCCCGAUUUUGCUGUUGCGUGUCGAAGGCCCACUCCUGGAAAUGGGUACCUUGAGUCGUUAACAAAGGAUAAUGUUAGAGUUGUUCAGGAUGAGAUUGCAAAGAUUAUCCCAGCAGGGAUCGUCUUGGUCACUGGUGAGAUCAUCAAGGUCGAUAUCUUCAUUUGCGCCACAGGUUUCGAUCUCAGCUAUUGUCCCCGCUUUCCUAUAAUAGGCCAAAAUGCUACCAAUCUGGCUGAUCAGUGGAAGACAAGAGCCACGGGAUAUUUGUCUGUCACCCCGGCAAACAUGCCAAAUUACUUCAUGUUUAUGGGUCCCAAUUCGCCGGUCGGGCAUGGCUCCGCUAUGCCUAUUAUUGAGCACACCAGCAAAUAUAUCCUAAAGUUCCUCUACAAAGCGCAAACCGAAAACGUUAAAUCUUUCGUGCCCAAAAUAAGAGCAAUCAAGGAUUUUACGGCGCACUCUGACGAAUUCUUGAAAAGAACCGCCUGGAGCACUCACUGCAGAUCGUGGUUCAAGAAUGGCACAGUUGAUGGUCCCAUCACAGCACUACAUCCUGGAAGUAGGAUCCAUUGGUUCCAAAUGAUGACAAAUCCGAGGUGGGAGGAUUGGGAAUGGACUUCUCGCAAUAGUAACAUCUUUGCAUAUUUAGGCAAUGGAUUCUCGACCAGAGAAGCCGCAGGAAAGGAUCUCACCUGGUAUUUUGAUAAACCAGACGAGGGGUACGAAGGGCUCUUUUAUUAG